AUGCAAAUUUUUAAAUUAACAAACAGAGAUGAUAACAAUUUUAUAAAUUCAGUUAAAAAAAGAUUUUCAGAUCAUAAAUUUAUAAUUUUAAAUGACAAAUUGAUUUUAUUAGAAGAAUCUAUACUUAAUAGUGAUUUUCAUGAAGUUGAUACUGUUGAAAAUGAAGAUACUGAUUUUUCUGAAGAAGUUGAUAAAAUCCCUUUAAAAUCAUCCAUCAAGUCAAAUAUGAGUUUUAUAAAAGAAUUAUCUGAUGAGUUUAAAGCUUUUAUCUUAGAAAAUCCACGAUUGUAUAUCAAUAAAUAUUUUAAAUAA